AUGGCCAAGACGACGCUCCGCGAGAACAUUUACACGGUCCCCAACCUGCUGACAGCCUCGCGGCUCGUCGCCGCUCCCUUCAUCGGGUACUGCAUCCUGCACGACUACCAUGCCAUGGCGCUCGGCCUGUUCGCCUACGCCGGCAUCACCGACGCACUCGAUGGCUGGAUUGCCCGCCGGUGGAACCUCAAGACGGUCGUGGGGACCGUUAUUGAUCCCAUGGCCGACAAGACGCUCAUGACUGUGCUGACAGUGGCUUUGGCUGUAAAGGGUGCGCUCCCAGUCUGGCUCGCCGUUAUUAUCCUUGGCCGGGAUGUCGCCCUCGCCAUCUCUGCCAUCUACUACCGCUGGAUAUCGCUGCCACCGCCCAAGACGUUUGCACGGUACUGGGACUUCUCGCUCCCCUCGGCCGAGGUGCGACCGACAACCAUCAGCAAGUACAAUACGGCAUUGCAGCUGGGCCUUAUGGGCUUGACGACGGUUGCGCCCGUGGUUCCGGCACUGGAUUUGAGCACUCCGCUUGGCAUCAUGCAGUACGUUGUCGCGGCAACGACAAUAUGGAGUGGCGCCAGCUACAUCUACAGCAAAGACGCUGUCAGGAUUCUGACACAGCCGCAGUCCCGAGACCCGAGACGAGAAAGCAGAGGAUAA